AUGCCGCCAAAACGCAAGACCGCCGCGACAACCUCCACCGCCUCCGCCCCGGCAGCAAAGAAAACCGGUCGUCCUCCUAAAACCGGUCGUGCUCCCAAGCCCGCGUCGCCCCCAACUCCUUCGAUUCCAUGGCCCCAGCAUUUCCGCGACCUGGAGCUUGUGCACCGCGCGCUGAACCUCGUACAAGCAUUCUUCUGCUCGCGCAAGCAGCUCACGACGACGUUCGACAACCUGCGGUCAGCCGUCGAGGCGCACACGCGGCGGACGCUCACGAUCACAGAUAUCGCACAGAUCAAAUGUCUCGUGCCUAAGGGCGUGUACUUUGAGUACGUCGACGACGAGGCGCUGCAGAUAUAUGUUGCUGGUGGCGGGAGGGAGAAGGAGCGGGAUGAGGCGUAUUCUAAGACCCGGCAGGGCGGGGUAGAGGAAGACGGCCAUGGCCACGGGGAGGAGGUGCUACUGUUUGAGUUCGUCGAGGACGUGCGGUUGUCUAUUGGUGGCAAAUUGAAGUCGUUGAAGAAGGGGAAGACGGCGGCGGGGAUGGGGGAGUUUAAGAUGCCGACUGUCUCGGUUCUGCAGAUGAAGAAGCUCAUCGAUAAGCGGAACAGCAGGUUCCAGGUGGCGGUGGAUCAGUUUGUACAGCAGUGUGUAGAGGCGGGGGAGGAUCCGGUCGAGAGCAUACAGAAACAGCAUCGGCCGUACAUUCCCGAGAAAUCGAACCAGCCGUCUCCCGCAUCGUUGAACACUACUACCAUACCCGUCGAGAUCCCGACAGAACGCAAGUCGAUCGCAGAGAUCAUCGAGGAGAUCAAGAGGGAGGAGGUGUACUCGGACCAGAUCGUGGAAGAUGGCCAUCGGAUGUUUGACGAGCAACCGCCGGUCUACGGGGACUUGAGCUUUUUGAUGUCUCAAGAGCUGGUGAAUGCGAUUUACACUGCGAGGAACAUUACGAGGCUGUAUUCGCAUCAGGCGGAGGCGAUAAACAAUCUCAACGACGGCCACCAUGUCAUCGUCUCUACGUCUACGUCCUCGGGAAAGUCUCUGAUCUACCAGAUUCCGGUGCUGCACGAGCUCGAGCAGGACAGAGACUCGAGGGCGAUGUUCAUCUUCCCGACGAAGGCACUGGCCCAGGAUCAGAAGAGAAGCUUGACUGAAGUGCUGAGCUACAUGCCACGCCUUGGGGAUGUCGUCGUGGAUACUUUCGACGGCGAUACUCCAUCCGAUGAACGACGGCGGAUUCGAGACGAGGCAUCGGUCAUAUUUACAAAUCCGGAUAUGCUGCAUCUCAAUAUCCUUCCCAACGAGGAACACUGGCGCAUGUUUCUCAAGAACCUCAAGUUUGUGGUUGUCGAUGAACUCCACGUCUACACUGGCCUCUUCGGCAGCCACGUCGCGUUCAUUAUGCGCCGCCUCCGCCGAAUCUGUUCAGCGGUGGGCAAUCACGAUGUCCGGUUCAUCUCGUGCUCCGCCACGAUCAGCAAUCCUAUCGAGCACAUGCGCAACAUCUUUGGCAUCGACUCAGUUCGUCUGACAGACGUGGAUGGCUCUCCAUCUGGCCGCAAAGAGUUUCUAUGCUGGAACACGCCCUUCAAGGCCGCCGAUGAUCCAUCUUCUGGCCGCGCCGACUCCAUCUCCGAGGCGGCCAGGAUCUUCGCUCAGCUCAUACUCCGCGGGGUCAGGACGAUUGCGUUUUGUCGGAUCAGAACAGCCUGUGAGCUUGUGCUGCGCGCUGUUCGCGCGGAACUGCAGAGGUUGGGCAGAGGAGAGGUUACAGAUCGCGUGAUGGGAUACAGAGGCGGGUAUAUUCCGCAGGAUCGCCGGAGGAUCGAAAAAGAGAUGUUUGAAGGUCAAAUUAUGGGGAUCGUGGCUACCAAUGCGCUGGAGUUGGGUGUGGAUAUUGGCAGUCUCGAUGCCGUGAUAACCGUGAAUUUUCCGCACUCCAUCUCCGCCUUCAGACAACAAUCCGGACGUGCCGGCAGAAGGAAUAGAGACUCCCUCUCGGUGCUCGUCGGCGGCGCAUUCCCAAUCGACCAACAUUACAUGACGCACCCGUCUGAACUGUUCACCAAGAGUUCUGCACCGCUCACUGUCGACAUCACCAACGCCUCCAUCCUCGAAGCGCAUCUUCAAUGCGCAGCACACGAGCUGCCCGUGGACACCGACCGCGACUCGUACUUCCUGGGCCCCAACCUCCCACUGGAAAAACUCAUCUUCGACGCAACCACCGGCUUCCACAACCCGCACCCGCGCUACCUACCCUACCCCCCGCGCCACGUCGCCAUCCGCGACACGGAGGACACCGGGUACGCCGUGAUCGAUGUGACGCAUUCGCGCAACGUACUGCUCGAAGAGCUCGAGCCCUCCCGCGCCAUAUUCGCCCUCUACGAAGGCGGCAUAUUCCUGCACCAGGGGCGGCCAUUCCUAAUCCGCACAUUCUCCGCAGAAUCCCGCCUCGCCGCAGUCGAAGCGGUGAACGUGUCCUGGACGACCUCGCCACGCGACUUCACGGACGUGGACCCGCUGCAAACCCGCGCGAUCAAGCCGCUGCGGCCCCCCUCCUCCAGCCACAUCGCCUACGGCCCCGUCCACAUCGCGACAAAGGUCUUCGGCUACUACAAGCUGGACAGGUACCGCCGCAUCCUGGACGCGGUGGACGUGGACUCGCCGGGGAUCAAGCGCGAGGCCCUGGGAGUCUGGAUCGAUCUUCCGUCCGAACUCCUGCAGGAAAUGCGUAGCUGGAGGCUUAAUUCCGCCGCCGGGAUACAUGCCGCUGCGCACGCGGUUCUUAACCUGCUACCUGGAAAAGAGCUGAGGACCGAGUGUAAAGCGCCCGAAAAGGAGUGGGCGAAAACACAGAGCACGAGGAGGCGCAAGGCGAGGCUGGUGUUCUAUGAGGCGCGUGCGGGCGGCGGCGGGGCGGCAGCGGCGUACGGGCAGGCCGAGGAUGUGCUGAGAAGGGCGUGUGAAAGGGUUGAGAACUGUCUUUGCGAGAAGGGAUGUGUCGACUGCUGCUUGGGUCCGGCGUGUAAGGAGGGGAACGCAGUGGCCAGCAAGAUUGGUGCUGCGGUGGUGCUGCGCGCGGCGCUGGGGAUGAAGGUGGAGGAGGGCUGGAUGAAGGAUGUGCCGGAGGAGGGGGAGCUGGGAUGGGAUAGUGGGAGUGUUGUGCCUGUGGUUGGGGCGGGGGUGGGGAGGGAGGUGAGGAGGGCUGUUAAGACGGAGGAGGAGGACGAGGGGGAUGGGGGAGUGAGUAGGUUUGCGAAUACGAUAGUAUCAUAG